CAUUCGAAGUGCCGCCCUCCCCGCGGCGAUGCUGGCGCGGGUGCUCCACGGUGCGAGGCAGGGGUGGGCCCCUACGUGGCACGAGCAGGGCAAAGUGCACCUAAGGGGGAGCCGAGAAACGCGGCCCGAGUAGUAGUGAACCGCCCACAGCCGCCGCCAACACGCGUGGGGGCUUUGGCGGGUUCUCGCCCAUGCCCCGCUGAGUACCAGGGCACUUCUGAGUGUAGCUGUGACGGCUUGUGUCCGCCCUGACCCUCCCUUUGUAGCCGCUGCACCUGAGAGCACAGCGAGCAUCUCCCGCGUGGGCAAGCCGCGCGCGCUCACACCCACUCGCGGCCGGCGGCCCUGCCCACGUGAGCCAUGUUAACACAGCCACCCUGCCUGGACUCUGAACAGCAACAGGAAGAGGAACCACCUCGCUCGCUGCUGCCGCCGCCGCCCGCCUGCCUCCUCCCCACGGGCGACGGGAGCAGAGCGGCGCGGCCCCUUUAAGAGCCCAGCCACGUGCAGCGGGGAGCCGGGCGCCCCGGGCCGGCGGGGAUCUAGCCCGCGGGCCGGGGGCUGCGUUUGCCCGGGCUCCCAUGGCUCCUCCCGGCGCCUUCGGACACCUGAGCCUGGCGCUGGGCGCCGCCGUGGCCGCCCUGGGAUCGAUCCUCUUAAUCGCCUGGAGAACGUACUUCCCCGGCGGCGGCCGCUGGGGGGCGCGCUGGGAGGCGCCGCUGGCCGCGGGGCAGCUGGAUUUCUCCAUGCGGCAGGUCCUGGUGCUGGGCCUGGAGGGAGCUGGGAAGAGCAGCGUUCUCCACUACAUCUCCAGCGAGGCAGCCAAGGACCGCACAGCUCCUACCCAGGGCUUCAACUCCGUCCAAGUGUACGCAGACGGCUUCCAGAUCGACCUGCUGGAACUUGGCGGCAGCCAGAACCUGCGAUUUUACUGGAACCAGUACCUGAGUCAGGCCCAUGUGCUGGUGUUCGUAGUGGACUCUGCAGACAGGCCACACCUUCCCGCAGCUCGACAGGAGCUGCAUUGGCUGCUGGCUGAGGAUCCUCGGUUGCCCUUGGUCGUCCUGGCCAAUAAACAGGACAAGAGUGAUGCCUUGAGCAUGGCUGAACUGCACCGGGAGCUGGCCCUGCACACGCUGAACGGACAGAGGGAGUUCUUCCUGCUGCCCACGAGCGCCACCCACGCCGCGCUGGCCACUGCCACCAGCAUCCGGCGCGUGAAGAGUCUGCUGGUGGAACUGCUCUCCCAGCUCUGAUGUGCUCUUCACACCAUAAGGACGGGCAGGUUGGACUGACCCUGCGGCGCUGGACUGGAGACUGCUGGCUCUGCACUGACAGGCCAGAGCUGCUCUACUCCCAUGCUGCUAUCCCCCAUCGGGUUCCCUGUGCACCCCCUUGGGGCCUAUGCAAGCUGCCCUCAGCACGCAGCUGGCCGGCCCAAUCAUGGAGCUGUGGCGAGAUGGGAGAACAGCCUUUGUCCCCACGCAGCCCAAGGGCAGAGGGACGUUUACACACAAUAUCCCCAACCUCCCGCAGCAGGGGGAAUGGGCACCAUUCAGCCUGGUGCACAUGGUAUGAAAGGGGCCAUGCAGUUCCACAACUCAUAGACUCAGACUUUAAGGUCAGAAGGGACCAUUAUGGUCAUCUAGUCUGACCUCCUGCACGGUGCAGGCCACAGAAUCUCACCCACCCACACCUGGAACA